UUGGGUGCAAUGCAUUGUGGGAUUUCAAAAAUGGAGUCCUCGCCGCCGGGAGUCAACGACGGUGUCCUGCGUUACGUAGCCGUCCGCAGUUGUUAACAAACGCGCCAGCCUCCUCGCUUCGAACCGUAGCGUCCUCGGUCAAACAUGGGCCCUUUGUGUCUGGCCCGGGCGGCGCUCGCGGCCGCCGCGAAGCACUCGGCUGCCCGUGUGCUUCGCGUCCCGCCGCGGGUCAUCGUGCGCAGGUACAGCCGGGAGGGAGACGACGUCGUCGUCGUCGCCGCCGCCGCCGCGCGGUUCGCGUGCUACCAGCUGCCCCACAGGACCGUGCUGCGAGUCCGGGGAGAAGACACGCGCCCGUUCCUCCAGGGGAUUAUAACCAAUGACGUGGAGCUGCUGGAGGAGCCCGGGCUCGCGGCUCUGUACUCGCACAUGCUAAAUGUGCAAGGAAGAACGCUGUAUGACGUCAUGUUGUACAGUCUGAAAGAAGCCGGUGGAGGACAGGGCGUCUUCCUGGAGUGUGACAGCACGAUUAAGGACUCGAUCUUGAAACAUUUGAAGAUCUACAAGCUCCGCCGAAAGGUCACUAUAGACCCCUGUCCAGAGCUCUCAGUCUGGGCGGUUCUUUCCAAGCAAAAGAACGCAGGUCAAGAGGCCAGUAAACCCGAGCUCUCCUCCCCAGACCAAGCUCUGGUAUGGGACGCCGAUCCUCGAACACAGGAAAUGGGCUGGAGAUUGGUGUUGGAAAGUCAAGUGGACCCCCUGGAUAUCAUUGCAUCCUGCCAGAAAGGUGACACAGCAGAGUAUCACAGACAUCGCUACUCAAUAGGACUUCCAGAGGGAGUACGGGACCUUCCCCCAGGGGUGGCACUACCACUGGAGUCAAAUCUUGUCUACAUGCAGGGUAUCAGCUUUAGCAAGGGCUGUUACAUUGGCCAGGAGCUCACAGCCAGGACCCAUCACACUGGUGUGGUUCGGAAGCGCCUGAUGCCAGUGCGCUUGUCAGCCCCAGUCCAAGACCUCGAGGAGGGCGCUGCGCUGCAAACGCAGUCGGGCAAGCCAGCCGGGAAGCACCGAGCAGCGGUUGGACAGCUGGGCCUGAGCCUGAUCCGCCUGGCUCACGCCAAAGAAACGUUGACACUCAAAUCUUCUGAUGACACCACGGUGGCUCUUGAGGCUUCCGUGCCAGACUGGUGGCCUAAAGAUGUGAAAAUUGAGUGAAGAGGAUGUUUUAGAGUUCCCUCAAAUGUGACAUGCAUCCCAGCUGACAGACAGAACCCUGAAGUACAGUAUGUUAUACUGUCAUUGCUUCACAGCUGUGUGGAAUUGAUUAUAUUGUGUGUAUUUCUGUUUAAAAUAUCUUUGGGGAGUUAUUUACCAUAGAAUUAUAUUUCAUUUUUAUCAGCACUAUGCACAACAUUUACCAGCUGUGGGAUGGGUUUUGGUUGUUGUUGAAUAAACCUGCAAAAAACGCAA